AUGAGGAUAUCACAGUUAUGUUCGAGUCGGAUUGGGAUUUUGAUGCUGUUGUUGGUACAGAUGUUUGAGCAGGUAAGGCAUUAGGGGUAUAUAUUGGCAUUUUAUAGUAAAAAUUUGGCCAAGGGAGGAUGGAAGUGGUAAAAAAUUUGUUUUAAAAUUAAUCAGGGGGUGGAUCAUUCAAAAUUUUUUUCACAAAGAUUUUUUUUAUAAAUAAGGGUAGGGGUGAAGUAGAGAAUCCUAGCCACGUUACGGUAACAUUUUUCAGACCCACGCCCUCUCAAUUUUAACAUUCAACUUCUCAAAUCAAUUCCGGUCGAAUCAUUGCAAAGCCCGGAACUGUCGGACCAAAAUCUGCGUAAAACAAUAUCAACACAAAUUCACACCCAAUGAGUACUGCAUCUUCGGUGGACAUACGGUAGACUGGACUUGGGUUGAGGAAGGAGAUUCUCAUGUCACCAAGAUUCCAAUCAACAACACUAGGGUAAGUUUUUUAUAAGGAGGGUAGGGUAGAAUAUGAGAUAGUAGAGCCGGGAUGUUGAGUUUAGAGUAAGGCAUGGUAGACUAAGAUAGAGAGGAGGGGUGGAGGGGGGAGGUAUAGUACAGUUGGUUAUGGCAGGAUAGGGUAAGGUAACGCUGGGUAAAGUAUGAAAGAUAGAGUAAGGUAGUUCAGAGUAAAGUAGAAUAAGAGGAGGUACGGUAGGAUUGGGUAAGAUAUAUUAUAGUAGGGCGGGUCUGGGCAGAUUAGAGUAAGGCAAGGUAUAGCAACAUUGUAUGGAGUAGAGUAGAGUUAGUUAAGGCUGUUUAGGAUCUCGUAAGUUGGGUAAAGUAGGAUAGGGUAGGGUAGGGUAGGGUAGGAUAGGGUAGGGUAGGGUAGGGUAGGAUAGGGUAGGGUAGGGUAGGGUAGGGUAGGGUAGGGUAGGGUAGGGUAGGGUAGGGUAGGGUAGGGUAGGGUAGGGUAGGGUAGGGUAGGGUAGGGUAGGGUAGGGUAGGGUAGGGUAGGGUAGGGUAGGGUAGAUUAGGGUAGGGUAGGGUAGGGUAUGGCAUUUUAAAAGUUUUAUUUCUUCAGAAUUCCGUGACAGUCAUAAUUGAGACUUUUCUCUUCAACAUUACGACUUUAAAGCCUUUGGAGAAAGAUGAAAAUGGCAACAGUUUAGUCGGUGAGUAUUAUUUUUACUUCAUUUUUAUUGAUUUUUGACCAUUUUUCAAAUAGAGUAUGAUAAAAAAAACUAAGUUUUGACCUUUACCUUCCACCAAAAGCCAUAAAAGGUGUUUGUUUAGAGUGUCGGUACUCCGCGCAUCCUUUAAAAGUCGGGAUUAGUGACAGUGGUUGGGAAUGGGUAAUUGGAUUAGGAGGAUUAGUGACAAAAGGGUUAAUCGUGUGAAAGUUGAAUAUCAAUAGGCAUGGGAAACAGGUUUAUGGGUAUUAUAAACAGGGUUUCUGAAUUUGAAGUUUCUGGCUUUGGAUUUGAAUUUGGCUUCGGCUGUUUAAAUUUAGGUUUUGGUUUAAGCUCCGGAGCCGGUGCGGUUCUGAAAGCGAUGAGGUGUUGCUCCGGGGGUCUUUAGAGUAGUAGUAGGAGGGAGAGAGAUAGUAAUUCUAUAUUUUACUGGCUUUUCUGCAUCGUCUUCGUCUUUUAUACUGUUUUGAUAUGGCUAUGUAUCCUGAGCCUAAGCCGGAGCAGCCCUAGAGACGAAACUGCCUCAGGGCCAAAGCCGGCUCCGGAGUCGGUUAGAGCUGCUCCGAGGUGUUUAGUACUAAAAUUUGAAAUUUUUAACUCUAGCUUUAGCUUUGCUUUUUUAUAACUUUUUCUCUUCAGCUUACGGGCUGGAGCUUAAGCCUGAGCAACUCCAAAAGCUCUAAAGCUGUAAAGCUGGAGCAGGCUCAAAGGCCUUUGGGAACUCUAAUUAAAACUGAUAAAGGAGCAAAUUUUAAAGUAAAGUGUUUCACUUUGGUUUAAAAAAACGUCUUGUUGUUAAUAUAUAUCAGUUUAUACAGUAAAAAACGACAAAGCUUUUGUUACAUUUUUAAACUUAGUUUUUUGCUAAAAGCGGCUGGAUUUAAAAAAAAUUUAUGUAGCUAUACGAUUACUUUUACAUUAUGUUGUAAUCAAUAAAUAUAGGUUGUUAUAUUUUAAUCAAUUAAUAUAAGCUAUCAUAUUGUAAUCAAUCAAUAUUGAUUACAAUGUAAAAACAUCUUGGCUAUUACGUCCUACUGUAAUCACUUAACAUUGCAAUGUCAUAAAAUUUUUAUGGCUUGUUUUAACGAUUCAUUCGCUCCGAAAAAAACAGCUUCUGUAUCAAAUUAAUGGCCUGAUAAGCAGGUCAAUCGACAUUUAUGCAAAUAUUGCGACACGCGUCUUAUUAAUGAUAAGAAUGUCGAGGUUUGUGGGUGAUAUGACUACAAAUAGUACGGUAAAACAUUAAAAAAUUUAAAAAAAAAAUUUUUUUUGAGUGAAAGUUUAUAAGAGAUGACUUUUAGAGGGUGCGAAAAAAUGUCGUAUUUUACAUUAUAUUAUUAUAAAACAUAAAGAUAAACUAUAAUUCCAGAUCUCCAAGUGUGGAAAGGCACAUUACCAUCAAAAUAUGCCCAUAUUGAUACGAAAAAAGACUUGACUUUCAAAUCGGAAUGUGCUCUGGAUUACUAUGGUGAAGAUUGCUGGACUCACUGUCAGAUCCAAGACUUUGAUAAGAGGAUCGGAGAGUUUGAAUGCAAUUCAAAAGGGGAGAAGGUCUGCAAAGCUGGGUUCUAUGGCCAGAAGUGUGACCGAGGUAAGGGUUACUGUAGUUCUUUGGCUAGAAACGCUUAUAAAUUGCCCUACCCUACCCUACCUUACCCUACCCUACGCUUCCCAACCUUACCCUACCUUACCCUAUCUUACCCUACUUUACCCUACCUUACCCUACCUUACCCUACCUUACCCUAUCUUACCCUAUCUUACCCUACCUUACCCUACCUUACCCUACCUUACCCUAACUUACCUUACCUUACCUUACCUUACCCUACCUUACCCUACCUUACCCUACCUUACCCUACCUCACCCUAAUAUUAAUAUAAAAUGCCAUUUCAGCCACAGCAUGCUCAUCCGACUGCUUAAAUGGCUACUGUAACAAGAACGGUGAGUGCAUGUGUAAUAUCGGAUAUCAAGGAGAGAAUUGCGACCGUUGUAAGCCUUCAAAAGGCUGUGCGAAUGGCUACUGUGAACGGCCAAAUGAAUGCAAAUGUUUCCCCGGCUACAGUGGCAUCAACUGCACUUUCUUGAGUAGCGUCUGUGAAGCCAAACGACCGUGUUUGAAUGGUGGGAAGUGCAAAAACAUGGACAGAGGGAGCUAUCGGUAAGGGAUUAAAGGUUUAGUGUAGAAUACAUCUAGUUAAAGUAAGCUCAGCUAGAGUAGGUAUAGGAACAGGUAGAGCACGUUAAGGUAGGAUUGAGAAAGAAAAAUUUAGCUAUAAAGCAUUUUUUUGCUUUUUAAAAGUGAUAUUGUUGUAGAUGUGACUGCCCUCCAGGAUUCAUUGGUACUCAAUGUGAAAAGAAGAUCAACUCUUGCAAUGACAGUCCUUGCCAGAAUGGCGGCAAAUGCGUUCAGGUAUGUUAUACUUUUCAAAUCUUUAUUUUUUUAACUAUAACAUACCUAAAAUCUUACUUUUGGCCACAGUUUAUUUUAAAUGAAUCUAUGAAAAUACUAUUCGUUACAGCCAUUUGGUCACCCACUAUCAUGUAAAUGUCCAGAAGGAACGUUUGGUCAAUAUUGUCAAGUAAAAAGCCAAUCUUGUGACGAUUUACCAUGCCAAAAUGGAGCACAAUGUUUUCAAAUCAGAGGGAAAGUGCACUGUGCGUGCUCUCAAGGAUACAGAGGUGACAUCUGUGAUCAAAAGGUGUUGGCUUGUACCGAAAGUUCUUGUGGGAAUGGUAAGUUAUCUAGACUGUUUUGGGACGGGAAAGUUGGGACGGGAAGAUUUUUAUUAGUAAAAUACAAGCUCCUUUAAAAUAGAUUUGUUUAAAAAACGACAUUUUCAGGUGGAGAAUGUGUUGAAAACCCGCUAAAACCAGGUGGAAUCGAGUGUAAAUGCCCUACGGGUUUCUUUGGCUCACAUUGUGAAAUGGUGGUUCAUGAUUGUAGGGUAAGUUGAUAAAGAUAAAUAAUGAAAAUAUAUUUAAUAAAAACGUUUUUAAGGGAAGUUACAGGCAAAAACGUUGAAAAAAAAUUAAAAAAUUAAAUUUGUGUGAAAUACGGUUAUUAAUUAUAAUCUGUGUUUCACAUAGUAUUAUACAAUGUAUAAGAAGAUAAAGUAUAACUAUAAUAUAAAAAAGCAAAGUAUAAAAGUAAAAAUUACUUAUAUUGUAGUCAUCACCGUGUCUAAAUCAAGGGAAAUGUGUGAAGAACGAGACGGGAUACAAUUGUCAAUGCAAAUCUGGCUUCACUGGAGGCUACUGUGAGAUUGUAAUACGACAGAUGGAAGUUGAACAUAAAGCGUAAGUUUUAAAAUUUAAAAUGUGAAAUUAUGGUUUUUACUGAAUAAGUUCAGGCUUAUUCUUAGGCUUAUCUUUGGGUGUAAUCAUAAGUUUGAUUUUAGGCUGUAGCUAGGCUUUAAAAUUUAAAAAAUUUUAAAAAAAAUUCUUUGAAGUAAAGGUUAGCUAUAACAUUUCGAUUUCAGCUACGUCUUCUUCUCCAUUCCAAUAAUCAUCAUUACCAUCAUUGUGAUCACAGCCUUCAUCGCUCUUUUACUAUUCGUCAAAAAGAACCUGAACAUGCCAGCUUUCCUCGAACAAAUUCAACGUGAAUCCCCAGCUCCACCACCGUAUUCAGAAGCCAGUAUUGUUGGGACGAAACUUUUAGUGAGAUCAAUGUCGAAUACAGAAGAAUUGAAGGAAUUGAGAGCAGAUGAGUUAGGGAAGGGCGACAAGAGCAGGCGGAAACGGUAGGUUUUUGUGAGGGUUUGGCACUGGGAUUGAGAUCGUUCUCGAUAGAGUAGAUAAAGGGGAUGUUUUUUGAGUAGAGUAGGGUCAGAUUUUUUUCAAUACUGGUUUUAAAAAAUGCAUUUCCAGAUCACCAUCAAACGACUACAGUUCAGAGCCGACCGAAGUCGACUCAUUAUAUAACCACAAAUCUUAA